CCCUAGGAAGGCGGCGCGGAGGGGGCGGGGAGCCCGCGGCGAGGUCCGAGCUCUCCUCCAGGGAGAGGCCGCUUCCCGACUCGCCCCUGGGGUUAGGACUUGUUUUUCCCUACCCUGAGCCAGACCCCGGCACGGAGUUUGGGGAGGUGGGUUCCUUUGUGUAGGGCAGGUGGGUGCGGUGCAGAUUCUGCUGCCCCUGAAGGCCCCAGGGUUUGUGGAGCCGGCGACCCGAGCCUGGGCAGGGAUCGGCGAGGUGGGGCGUGCAGGUGCUGGGGUAUCCCUGCUCGGGGCCUGCUCAAGCUUCGGGAGACUUCCCUGCGGCGGCCGCCCCGCCGAGAACAACAGCCCGACGGCCGGCGACGCCCACGCGGCCCCGCCCGUGUCCUGCGGCUCGGCCAGCGGAGCAGCUACCGGUGCCGCGACCCGCGCGGGCCCCGCGGUGGCCAUUCGCUCCGUGCAUGCAAGACUGGAAGGGAAGGCGGGGAGAGGGUGCCGGAGCCUCGGGGGAGAUGGCCUCCGCGCCCCUCGCAGCCGCCCUCCUCGCCGGGAACCGCGGGGCCGCAGCGCAGCCAUUGGCCCGGAGACAUGGCGGCCGCUGCCCUGUGGCUCCCUGCGGCACUCGCCCGCCCGGGACGGACGCGCUGGAAAGCGGGCCUAUGACGUCAUCGCGCCGCCCGGCCAAUAGGAGACGCUCCCGCGGAGACGUGUCCCGCCCCCUCCGGCCUGGCUGCUGCACGCGCGUGAGCGAGCGGGAGCGCGCGGAGGGGGCGGGGGAAGGCUGGGGCAGGGUGGCGCGCAUGAGCGGCGAAGCUCCGCCCCCCCGCCUAUAUAUAAAGGGCCGGCGCGGGGCUCGGCGGCGCCAUUUCGCGCUGGAGUGGAGCAGUCUCUAGAACGAGCUGGGGGAUUCUGCCUUCCGAAACAGCCUUCGAGUCGUCGGGGGCCGCCAUUACAAUCCACGUCCAUCCACUUGGAAAUGGCCUUCCUCUCGGCUUAUGACCGGUCCCGGCGGACAGUAAAGACCCCAUAGAAGCCCCGGGGGCUCCCCUUUUUCGAGCCCCGCCCAAUCCUCGGAGUCUGUCCACCCCUCUACUCCGCCCUCAAGAGGAUUUCAAAGAUGGAGGCGGCGGCUCUCUAAAGCACUUUUCCUGCUCAUCCGCCUCCAUCCGAGGUCGAAACGGGACUUCGUCCGUUCCGGGCGACCCCGGCUGCAAGAGGGAACCCCUGCAAACCGGCCGCGGGCUGUAUUGGCGACUGUGUCUGGGAUCGGGGAUCGGCUUCACGUUUGAAGAGUCCUUCCCCCCUCUGCUCGCCCGCCUGAGCCGAGGCCGCCGCCAUUUUCUUGCUGUCUGCCGUCUGCGAGUCGCGCCAAGCUGCCGGAGCUUUCCGAGAGGUAGCGGAGGGGGCUGCCCGGGUGCCCGCUCGGCCGCGGGGUCGCGCCUGGAGGGCCGACGGCAGCGGCCUCCCCCCCACUCCCCGGGUUAUGCCGGGCCGGGCGGGGAGGGGAACCGAGGCCACCCGGACUUUCGGCUGAGGGCAGCGCCGGGUCCCCGUGCUCAAGAUGCUGCAGAACGUGACUCCCCACGGCAAGCUUCCAGGGGAAGGGAAUGCAGGGUUACUGGGGCUCGGCCCAGAGGCAGCGGCGCCAGGGAAAAGAAUUCGCAAGCCCUCCUUGUUGUAUGAGGGAUUUGAGAGCCCCACGAUGGCUUCAGUGCCAGCUUUGCAACUGACCCCUGCCAACCCGCCACCCCCAGAAGUAUCCAAUCCUAAAAAGCCAGGACGAGUUACCAAUCAGCUUCAAUACCUGCACAAGGUGGUGAUGAAGGCUCUAUGGAAACAUCAGUUUGCCUGGCCAUUUCGGCAGCCUGUGGAUGCUGUCAAAUUGGGUCUACCGGACUAUCACAAAAUCAUAAAACAACCUAUGGACAUGGGUACUAUUAAGAGGAGACUUGAAAACAAUUACUACUGGGCUGCCUCAGAGUGUAUGCAGGAUUUCAAUACUAUGUUCACCAACUGUUACAUUUACAACAAGCCCACUGAUGAUAUUGUUUUGAUGGCACAAACGCUGGAAAAGAUCUUCCUACAGAAAGUGGCGUCAAUGCCACAGGAAGAACAAGAGCUUGUGGUGACCAUUCCUAAGAACAGCCACAAAAAGGGGGCCAAGUUAGCAGCGCUCCAAGGCAAUAUCACCACUGCUCAUCAGGUUCCUGCAGUCUCUUCUGUGUCUCACACAGCCCUGUAUACUCCACCACCAGAGAUCCCCACCACUGUCCUCAAUAUUCCCCAUCCAUCCGUCAUCUCUUCUCCCCUUCUCAAGUCCCUGCACUCUGCUGGCCCUCCACUCCUUGCUGUCUCUGCAGCUCCGCCAGCCCAGCCUCUUGCCAAGAAGAAAGGGGUUAAGCGGAAAGCAGAUACAACCACUCCUACUCCUACAGCCAUCCUGGCUCCUGGUUCUCCAGCUAGCCCUCCUGGGGGUCUUGAACCUAAGGCAGCAAGGCUUCCCCCUAUGCGCAGAGAGAGUGGUCGCCCCAUCAAGCCACCCCGCAAAGAUCUGCCUGACUCUCAGCAACAGCACCAGAGUUCUAAAAAAGGAAAGCUCUCGGAACAGUUGAAACAUUGCAAUGGCAUUUUGAAGGAAUUGCUCUCUAAGAAGCAUGCUGCCUAUGCCUGGCCUUUCUAUAAACCAGUGGACGCUUCUGCUCUGGGCCUGCAUGACUACCAUGACAUCAUUAAGCACCCCAUGGACCUCAGCACUGUCAAGCGGAAGAUGGAGAAUCGCGAUUACCGAGACGCACAGGAGUUUGCUGCUGAUGUGCGGCUUAUGUUCUCCAACUGCUAUAAGUACAAUCCUCCAGACCAUGAUGUUGUAGCCAUGGCACGAAAACUGCAGGAUGUGUUUGAGUUCCGUUAUGCUAAGAUGCCAGAUGAGCCACUAGAACCAGGGCCCUUACCCAUCUCCACUGCCUUGCCCCCUGGCCUGGUCAAAUCGUCUUCAGAAUCCUCCAGUGAAGAAAGCAGCAGUGAUAGUUCUUCUGAGGAAGAGGAGGAAGACGAAGAUGAGGAGGAAGAAGAAGAGAGUGAAAGCUCUGACUCGGAGGAAGAAAGGGCACACCGCUUGGCAGAGCUACAGGAACAGCUUCGGGCGGUUCAUGAACAGCUUGCUGCCCUGUCCCAGGGCCCAAUAUCUAAGCCCAAGCGGAAGAGAGAGAAAAAAGAGAAAAAGAAGAAACGCAAGACAGAGAAACAUCGGGGCCGGACUGCAAUUGAUGAGGAUGACAAAGGACCCAGGGCACCCCGGCCACCUCAGCCCAAGAAAUCAAAGAAAGCGAGUGGAAGUGGCAGUGCUGCUGCUCUGGGCCCCCCUGGCUUUGGACCUUCUGGAGGAAGUGGCACCAAGCUCCCCAAAAAGACCACAAAGACAGCCCCGCCUACCCUGCCCACGGGUUACGAUUCAGAGGAGGAAGAGGAGAGCAGACCCAUGAGCUAUGACGAGAAGCGACAGUUGAGCCUGGACAUCAAUAAGUUACCUGGGGAGAAACUGGGUCGAGUUGUACAUAUAAUCCAAGCCAGGGAACCAUCUUUACGGGACUCAAACCCAGAAGAGAUAGAGAUUGAUUUUGAAACGCUCAAGCCAUCCACACUGAGAGAGCUUGAGCGUUACGUGCUUUCCUGCUUGCGAAAGAAACCUCGGAAACCCUACACCAUUAAGAAACCUGUGGGAAAGACAAAGGAAGAAUUGGCUUUGGAGAAGAAGCGAGAACUAGAAAAGCGGUUACAAGAUGUCAGUGGGCAGCUAAAUUCCACCAAAAAACCCCCCAAGAAAGUGAGUGAGAAGACAGAGGCAUCCUCUGCACAGCAAGUGGCCGUGUCACGGCUCAGCGCUUCCAGCUCCAGUUCGGAUUCCAGCUCCUCCUCUUCAUCUUCCUCCUCUUCAGACACCAGUGAUUCAGACUCAGGCUAAGGGGUCAGGCCAGAUGGGGCAGGAAGGCUCCGCAGGACCGGACCCCUAACCCACCCUGCCCCACACCUUCCCCCUUGCUGUGACACUUCUUCAUCUCACCUUCCCUCCCCCCUCUGUAGGAGAGCUGGCUCUGCAGGGGGAAGGGACACAGGGACACAGACUGAAGGAGGAACAUGGACAAUAUACUCCUAAAUUCCCAGCCCCAUUGGGUGUGACCUUUUGGGCAAAGAGCCCCCCUGUUCAGAAUUACUGGGAUGGGGCAGGGAUACAGGGUGGGAGUGGGCCAAGGCCCUGUUAGGCCCUGUUCACUUCUAAGGGCCCUGUUUUGAGGUUGUUUGUUCUAAUUUAUUUUAAGCUACGUAAGGCUGAGGGGUUGUGGUCAUGAGUCCCCUCAGCCUCCAUGGGGAGGGAAGAAGGGGGAGCGCUUUUUUUACGUUGACUUUUUUUUUUCUACUGUUUUCCCUUUUUCCUUCCAUACCAUUUGGGGCCCUGGGAGUUAAAGUCAUCUCCCCAUAUGGCCCCCUGGACUUUUGUCUGUUGGUUCUAACUUGUAAAUAAAGAAAAUAUUAUU